AUGAAUGGUGUGAUCGAGAGCUUGGGUUCCUGGAAUUCGAUCCUUUUGGAGCAAGCGAGGAGCGGGAGUGCGCAUGGAGUGAAGCAGCUGUUCGAUCGGAUGCCGGAAUGGAGCGUAGCGUCGUGGAAUAUUUUGCUCUCUGGAUAUGCCCGUCAAGGAGAUUUGGAUCGAGCCCAAUCCGUCUUCGAUCAGAUGCCGCAGCGCACUCUCGUCUCUUGGAAUUCAAUGCUCGCAGCAUUUGUCGCCGGCGGAAAACUCGAUCAAGCGCGACUCUUUCUGGAAAGAAUGCCGAUGCGCAGCAUCGUCUCCUGGACCACCUUGCUCCACGCAUAUGCCCAGACUAUGGAUCAUGCAAUGUUGCGAUUAAUGUUUGAUCGCGAGCUUCCGGAGCGCGAUACCAUCUGCUGGAACGUCCUCCUUGGAGCGAUCGCGGCUCAAGAGCGAACAGGCAUUGAACAGAUCCUGGAGGUUUUUCACGAGAUCCCCGGGCGUGACUUGGCAUCAUGGAACAUCCUCCUCAACUGGUUCGCUCAGAGGCGAGAUCUGGAAUGCACGCAGAAAACUUUCGAUUCCAUGCCAGAGAGGGACAUGAUUUCGUGGACGGUGCUCUUAAGCUGCUGCAUCCAGGCGGGCUGUGUUGAUCGAGCAGUGCGAGUUUUCAAUCAAAUGCCCCAGCAGAACAUGUAUUCGUGGAAUUCAAUGCUCACACUCUACGCUGAUAGAGGGGAUCUUGCCUACGCAACAGCGAUAUUCAAUCAGAUGCCACAACGCAACGCCGCCUCUUGGAACACUCUCUUUGUCCUCAAUGCCCAGAAAGGGCAUUUGAACAGAGCCAAGGAGAUCUUUGAUGAAAUGCCAGGUAGGGACGUUGCAGCGUGUACUGCCAUGCUGGCAGCCUACGGAGCCGCGGGCCUUGCUGACGAGGCAGAGAGAGUGUUCUAUGACAUGCCGGAGUGGGACCUUGUCGCGGGAAAUGCCAUUCUGGUAGCGUUGUCAUCCUCACCCGCUGCCACCGAGAGGCUCUUUGACCAAAUGCCAGCCAAGGAUUUGUAUACGUGGAACAUUGCUCUGCAGACGCGUGCUGCCAACGGGGACUUGGAAGAAGCCAAGCGCAUCUUUGACGAGAUGCCAGAGACCAAUUUGGUAUCUUGGAACGCAUUGCUCACAGCAUAUACCCAGAAAAACUCGCUAGAAGAUGCAUACAAUCUGCUCAUUGCAAUGCCGGACUGGUGCUUAGUGUCGUGGACUUUGUUGGUAGCUACGUAUGGGCAAAACAACAUGGCAGGGGAAGCCAAGCACUUGUUUGAUCGAAUGCUCGAGCGAGAUGUUGUUGCCUGGACUGCCAUUAUCUGUGCGUUUGCACAAAACGGGCAUUUGGAACAAGCAAAGAAGCUCUUUGAUAUGAUUCCCUAUGAACCUUCUAAUCUGGUGGCAGCAAAUGCCAUCCUUUCUUGUUAUUCUCAAGACCACACUCACUACAGGGGUGCCUUUGAACUUUUCAGCGAGUUGAAACUCAUAGACUCAAUUGAUGGAAGCUGUUUUGUUUCGAUUUUGGUAGCAUGUAGACACACUGGAAAACUUGAUACUGCAAAAGCUUUGUUCCACUCCAUAGCUAUUGAUUUCGGAUUGGUGCCAUCAAAGCAGCAUUACUCUUGUAUGCUAGAUGUCAUGUCCCGAACUGUGGCAUUGAGAGAGCAAGCCGUGGAUCUUGCUUUGGCAAUGCCUUUUUUCCCAGAUGCUGUGGAGUGGACCAGCAUUGUUGGUGAGAGUGCCAGAUGGAGAAUGUUGGGGUUGACAUUUCCUAAAUCUUUUUUCUCGCCUCCUAAGGUAUCAGUCAUCACGUCUGACUAA